AUGGAGCAGCUGUAUGCAUUUGGCGUUUCCUGCAUAGAAUUUGUUCAGACUUGGUUUGAAGAUUCUGAAGAUUUCUUUGAGAUAGUAAACCAUCUAUCUAAUCCUCACUAUGUUGUGGAGGUGCUUUUUCCACUUGUCUCCAUUGUUGACUCCGUUUUUGCAGCUCAGUUACUACUGUGUUUGGCUUUCGGUGGAUGGCUAAAUGCUGUGAUGAAAUGGUGGCUGUUAGAGGAACGUCCUUAUUGGUGGGUGCGUGAGACUUCAUUUUAUACUGGAAUGCGUCGUCCGCAAUUGCAACAGUUUGGUCAAACCUGUGAGACAGGGCCUGGUUCGCCUUCAGGCCAUUCGGCUACUGCAGCAACUGUGCUCCUAUUAGCUCUUAUGUGGAUCUCUCACAUCAUGAAUGAUAGAAAAUGCUAUAUAUGGUGGUGGAAGUUUGUAGCAUAUCCAUUGUCAGCAUGUGCAUUGUGUGCUGUUGUUCUAGCAAGGAUGUUCGUCGCCACGCAUUUUCCUCAUCAAUGCCUCUUAGGAGCGUUAAUAGGAUCUUUCCUAGCUCCCGCCCUCUGUAUCUACGUGUCGGACCCGUUCAUCUGGAAGUACGGUCCAGGGUCCAGCUUGGUUGUGCCACGUGCUGUGGCGUGGCACGCGUUCUCAGCGCUGGCAACUGUGGCCAUUAGCAUCAUCACCUACUACAGCUUGAAGCUGUGCGGCGUAGACCCUCAAUGGACCGUCCAGAUGGCUUUCCGAUGGUGCGAGAGUCCGGACGAUAUCCACGUGUCGACCACUCCUAUGUUCGCCCUGGUCCAGUGCACUGCCAACCUGCUCGGCUGGGCUCUGUGCGUCACACCUGCCGUGGCUGAAUACCGUCACUAUACGAAGAACCGCUCUUUGAUCAUAGCAGCGUUCAGCACCGCGGUCAUUCUGUACGGCGUGAAUCAAGCCCAAGAAAACAUAAGCAGGAGCAACGCGUUUAUUUUCUACUCCCUGCAGUUUCUGCUGAACGCAAUAAAACCUGCACUGCUGCUGAGACUCAUGCCCGCUUUGGCGAUGUGGCCCUACGCACAGAUAAAGCCCAAAGCCGAC